GAGGCCUGGAGGCGAGAGGCAAGCAGAUUCUCACUGUUUCCAAUGCUGCAAGAAACCGCAAUGCAAGCUCACGAACUGUUCAGGCAUCUGCGAAUGCCAGAAUUUGGUGACGUCAGGCAGUACAUGCGCACCCUUCCAACAAACACACUGAUGGGGUUUGGUGCUUUCGCAGCGCUUACAACUUACUGGUAUGCCACAAGACCUAAAGCUCUGAAACCACCAUGCGACUUAGCCAUGCAGUCUGUGGAAGUGGAGGCGGAGGAUGGUCAGUAUGCCCGGAGAUCCUCAUUACUUGACAGUGAUGAGCCAAUAGUAUACUACUAUGAUGACGUCAGAACAGCCUAUGAUAUUUUCCAAAGGGGAUUACACGUGUCAAACAAUGGUCCCUGUUUGGGUGUAAGAAAACCAAAUCAGCCAUAUGAAUGGAUCUCUUACAAGGAGGCUGCAGACAGAGCAGAAUGUGUUGGCUCAGGACUUCUCAACAGAGGCUUCAAACCAUCACCUGAUCAAUUCAUAGGAAUCUUUUCACAGAACCGGCCUGAGUGGGUUAUCAUUGAACAAGGAUGCUACACUUACUCCAUGGUGGCCGUACCCCUCUACGACACACUGGGAGCCGAAGCAAUCACCUAUAUUGUAAACAAGGGUGACAUAGCACUAGUUUUUUGUGAUAAACCUGACAAGGCAAAACUUCUGCUGGAUAGCACUGAGAAAGGAGACCUGUCGGUCCUCAAAACCAUCGUGAUCAUGGAUCCCUUUGACAGUGAUCUUGUGGCCCGUGGAAAGAAGUGUGGAGUGGAUAUCGUUAGCAUGAAAGAGAUUGAGGCAUCAGGAAAAGCCCACAGACACAAACCCGUACUUCCCAAACCAGAAGAUCUAGCCAUAAUCUGUUUCACCAGUGGAACCACAGGGAAUCCCAAGGGAGCUAUGAUAACCCACCGAAACAUAGUGAGCAACAUGUCUGGAUUUGUGAAGGCUACAGAGAAAGCGGUUUUUCCUUGUCCAGAAGAUACCUUAAUCUCCUUCUUGCCCCUGGCUCAUAUGUUUGAGAGAAUUGUGGAGUGUGUGAUUCUCUGUCAUGGAGCUCGAAUUGGAUUUUUCCAGGGGGACAUCAGGCUACUUAUGGAUGACCUAAAAACUUUGCAGCCUACAGUGUUCCCUGUUGUGCCAAGGCUGCUGAACAGAAUGUUUGACAAAAUUUUUGGACAAGCAAAUACUUCAUUUAAGCGGUGGAUACUGGAUUUUGCUUCCAAGAGGAAAGAGGCAGAACUCAGAAGUGGCAUCAUUAGAAAUAAUAGCCUGUGGGAUAAAAUGAUCUUCCGCAAAAUACAGGCAAACCUUGGAGGAAAAGUACGGCUAAUGAUUACAGGGGCAGCUCCUGUUUCUGCAAAUGUACUGACUUUCCUAAGAGCAGCUCUUGGUUGUCAGUUCUACGAAGGCUAUGGGCAGACGGAAUGCACCGCUGGAUGUUCUCUAACAGUGCCCGGUGACUGGACUGCUGGUCAUGUCGGUUCCCCAAUGCCUUGUAAUAUCAUAAAGCUUGUGGAUGUGGCGGAAAUGAACUAUUUUGCUGCCAAAGGAGAAGGUGAGGUUUGUGUGACGGGGCCAAACGUGUUCCAAGGAUAUCUGAAGGAUCCAGAAAAGACUGCAGAAGUUCUUGACAAAGAUGGAUGGGUGCACACUGGAGAUAUCGGGAAGUGGUUACCUAAUGGUACCCUGAAGAUAAUUGACAGGAAAAAACAUAUAUUCAAACUUGCUCAGGGAGAGUAUAUUGCACCAGAAAAAAUAGAAAAUGUUUAUUCCAGGAGUGAACCUGUUGCGCAGAUCUUUGUCUAUGGGGAAAGCUUGCAGGCUUUUCUAAUAGCAGUUGUGAUACCAGAUCCAGAGGUUUUAUCCAGCUGGGCCAAGAAAAAGGGACUGGGAGGCUCCUAUGAAGAACUAUGCAAAAACAAAGAUAUCAAAAAACACAUUCUAGAAGACAUAUUGAAAGUUGGGAAAGAGUAUGGCUUGAAGUCAUUUGAACAGGUUAAAGCCAUUGCCCUUCACUCUGAAAUGUUCUCUGUCGAGAACGGCCUAUUAACGCCAACGUUGAAGGCAAAGAGACCUGAGCUCCGCAAAUACUUCAAAUCCCAGAUAGAAGAACUCUAUGCGAAUAUCCAGAUGUAAACUGAAGCAAAACUGUUGGAGAGAACAGCAUUUGCUGUUUGAUCUUCAUAUCUGUAAAUUGACUGCAGCAAACAUAGCAAAGGAAACUGUGCAAUCAUUAACUUUUUACGCAAAAGGGUACUCGACAUAGGAAUCCUGGAGAAAAAUGGAACACUGCCUUACUGUCCUCUGGUGUUGCAGACCAUUUUUUAUAUGGUGACAUACAACUUCCUCAAUGAGCCUUAAACUGUAAAUGGUAUCUAUGUGAUUUGUAAGUUAUUUAAGACUUUCUCAGCCAAAAAAGUGACUUGCCAAGGUAUGUUAAAGGGAUGUGUGUUGCUAGCACAUGUAUUGUCUGUAGUAUAUUGUACAUCUGGUGAAUUUUCCAAAGGUUUGGCCUCUGAAGGCUUU